AUGGUGCAAGAGGCAGCGAGGUUCGCCGGCGCCGGGGGGCUUCACGAGUCCGCGCUGACGGUUACCGGCAGGAAUUUCGCCGGCGACUGCGGCGGCUACGGCGUCGGCGAUGGGGGAUACUUCUCGACCCGAGGAAACACAGCUCCCGAUGCUCGCGUGGUCACCUCUGGUGGCCGGAGCAUCCCCGUCCACUCCAGCGUGCUGGUUAGUCGUCGUCGUCUUCCUCUGCGUCGUUCCUCCUCGAUUUCUCCGCUUCCUGAUGAUGGCAAGGAUGGAGGUGGGAAGGGAGGGGAGGGGAUGCUCUCGCCUCGAGAUCUGUCUGUACUUUGCAUCUCUUGAUUCGGUUUCCUCCGUUGCUUGCUCCUGGAUGAAGGGAAGUAGAAGUGGUGGUAGCGUAGGAAACUUUCUGGUUGCCGGCUCCGUGUCCAUUCAUUCAGAGAUUUCCGCCUCUUGAUGUGUGGACCGGAGUAGGCGAGCAGGAGGGCUGUACUGCAGAUUCUCCCUGCGGAUGGUUUCGUCGCUUAUUCUUCUUCUUUUUUGUCGGUACUCCUAACUCUGUUCUCGGCUUCUCACCGUCUCGACCUCAACUCUUUGCAGGCGAUGGCGUCUCCGGUGUUGGAGGCCGCGCUCUUUGACCGGCGGCGCAGGGUUGGGAACUCAGACAAAGCGCCUCCGGCGGUUCCCAUCCUCGGUGUCCCCUGCGACGCCGUCUCGGCCUUCAUCAGAUACCUCUACGAGACCAGGUCCGACUUCUUCUCCCUCGUCCCUCCGCGUGAAGCUCGGUCGCCGGUUAACGUCUGCGACUGUCCUAUUCAAUUCGGUAGAACGAUUUCUUCUAACCGAUGCCGGGGUCAGAUCCGGUCUGUCCGUCGCUUCCACGGAAGAGAAAGGAAACCUCGCAAGCGUUCGUCCUGGUUUCGCUGAUAGAAGGAACAUAUGAUCUCUCUUCUCGUCUUCGACCCCGGAGACUAGUUACCUGCAUCUCCCAAUUGCCCAUCCACAUAUCCCUUCUUCCGUUUUCCUAUUCCCCACAGAGAUCUCCGCUUCCCAAAGACGCUAGCGUCUGAUGUGUGGAGGGCUCGUCCUCCAGAUGCCGAUGAUAGGAAUCCUCUGCCGGCGCUGAUGGUGGGGAGAUGUGGGCCGCUGCAGGUGCACCAGCGAGGAGAUGGAGCGGUAUGCGAUGCACCUCCUGGCGCUGUCCCACGUCUACCAGCUGCCCCGCCUGAAGCGCGCCUGCGUGGGGUCCCUUGUGGACCGGCUCGACGCCGAGACGGUGGUCGACGCCCUCCAGCUGGCGCGGCUCUGCGACGCCCCGCGGCUCUACGUGCGGUGCAUGAAGCUGCUCGCCGCCGACUUCGCCGCCGUCGAGAAGACCGAGGGAUGGCGAUUCCUACAGGCCAACGACCCCUGGCUGGAGCUCGAGAUCCUCCAGGCCCUUCACGAGAUCGACCUGGUAACCCUCACCGGCGACGACGACUUCCCACCAUUCGAUUCCUUCCCUCACAUCUGCGGGGUAUCAUCCUCUGAUCUGAUUGCCCCCUGCAGAGGGAGAAGAGGAGGGCGAGGAACAGGAAGGCGCAGAGCGUGUACCUGCAGCUGAGCGAGGCGAUGGAGUGCCUGCGCCACAUCUGCACUGAGGGGUGCACGGAGGUGGGCCCCCACGACGGCGACCGGCCAUGCCGGAGCAGGGGGCCCUGCCCCUGGUUCCGCACCUGCCAGGGGCUGCAGCGGCUGAUCCGCCACUUCGCCACCUGCGAGAGGAAGAAGACGACGGCCACUGGCGGCGGCUGCGCACAGUGCAAGCGCAUGUGGCAGAUCCUCCGCCUCCACGCCUCCGUCUGCGACCAGCCCGAGCCCUGCCGCGUCCCCCUCUGCAAGUAAGCUUUGGAAGCAACACUGCCCCCUUGGCAGCUACCUGCUCCUCCUCCAUUCCUUCAUUUCCCCUCACCUUCGCUGCUCCUCCCUGCAGUCAGUUCAAGCUGAGGACGCAGCAGCAGACGGGGAAGAAGGGGGACGACGACGCAAGGUGGGGGCUGCUCGUGAGGAAGGUGGUAUCUGCGAAAGUGAUGUCAGCUCUGGCAAGAAAGACCAACUAA